AAAGGAGGGGAUUAUAGUUAUUGGAAAAUUUUAUUUUCCUUUCUGUCAGUUCAGAUCAGUGUAAACUGUGAAAGCGUUUACUUUCUUAUUUUUCAAACAAUUUAAAAGUUGUUUUAUUUUUAUUAAAAAAAAAAAUAAAUAAAUAAAGACAAAGAAAUGAAUUUAUCACACUUUUGGAGUUUUAUCAUUUUCCACAUUUUAAUUAUUCAUUUUUCAAGUGGAAAUAAUCAAACUCAUAACAACACACUAUUGAAUCCAUCAUUGUUGGACAACCAUUUUGAUGUAAUUAUUUUUUCUCAAAAUUGGCCACAAUCAGUUUGCUUUUUAUGGAAAAAAAAAUCACCACAACACACAUGCAGAUUACCCACAAAUAAUGAAUGGACAAUACAUGGAAUUUGGCCAUCACAAUUUAAUAAAAUUUUACCCGCAUAUUGUAAUAAAACUAUCAAUUUCGAUUUAUCAGUAUUGGCAAAUAUUCAGAAUGAAUUAAAAUUGAAAUGGACAGACAUUCAAUCUGCCAUGAGACCAGGUACAUUUUGGAAACACGAAUGGGAUAGACAUGGUACAUGUGCGGUAAUUCUUGAAAAAAUGAAUACACAAGAAAAAUAUUUUCAAAUGGGCCUCAAUUUAUUCAAUAAAUAUGAUAUGAAAAAUAUUCUCGCCAAAGUCAAUAUUGUACCUGGCAAUAGUUAUCCAUUGAACAUGAUUUUAGAUGGGAUUAAAAAAAUUUUGAAUAUUAACGCGCAAGUUACAUGCGCUGAAAAUACGAAAACGAACGAUAUUUUAGAAAUAAAAAUAUGUUUCGAUAAACAAUUAAAAUUGACAAAUUGCGAUGGAAUUUAUAAUUUUCCAACUAACUGUGAUUAUACACAAAAUGUCAACUAUCCCGAAAAUGUACCUCACGAGGUCUUGUAAAUUUAACAAAAAAAUUUUCAUUUAGAAAAUUAAUUAUAUUUAUAUAAUUAAUUUUUUCUUUUUGAUAAAAAUUUAUAAUUUUUUUUUUUAAUUUUAAGAAAGGAAAAAAAAUUAUUUCCCAUAAAUUAUCAUUAUUUUUUUUUUUUCUUGCAAAUUAUAUAAUUUUUGCCUAAAAAUGUUUAAUUAGAAACUGAAAGAGAAUAAAAUAUGAGAAAAUUGUAUAUGAAUAGAUGAAAGGGGAAAAAAAAUUAAUUUCAAUAAUUGAAUUAGACAGUAAGAAAGUGAAAGAUAUAUAAUAUAAAUUUUUUUGUUUAUAUAUCCACAUGUAAUGCUUAAUACAAAUUGUAAAUCAGUAUUUUUAACUUUGCAAAUAAAAAGAAAAACAAUAUUGGUCGA